AUGAGAACUGAAGGGCCGAGUACCUCACCCAGUGGCGAGUGCCUACCCAUCUACAGAGCUAAGACGAUACUCUACAAACCCUAUAUUCUUCGCUGUACCGAUGAAUACAAUUUCAUUCUGAGAGGGUCUUUCGAUACGCCUUAUAAUGGCCAGGGGCCCAUCAUCAAAGGUAUCGUUGGGUUUCUAAAUUUUAGGAAUCGGGAUUGA